AUGGGAAGGUACACGAAUCUUCUGCUGAUUGUCGCCGCUGCGGCCGGCACGGCGGCGGGAGUGUACCUCGUUCGGCGCUACUACUGCUGCCAGAAGAAAAAAUCGGGCCGCGAUGACGCCUCGUCGAAAGAAAGUUCAGCAAUUUCGACGAAGGAGCUGAUCGAUCGGUUAAGGGAGGAGUGCAGCACGAGCAAGGAGAAACUUCUGCAGAUCGCGGCGGAUAUGAAGGCGGAGAUGGUCUCUGGGCUCAGGAGCACGCAGGGGAGCACGCUCAAGAUGCUUCCUUCCUAUGUCGACCGUCUCCCUGAUGGGUCGGAGAAGGGCGUGUUCUACGCACUGGAUCUGGGAGGGACCAACUUCCGCGUGCUGCGAGUGCCUCUGCUGGGGAGGGAUGGAGGCAUUGGCAAAGUGGACUCGGAGGGUGCUUCCAUCAGCCCCGAGCUCAUGACUGGGACCACAGAGGCUCUGUUUGACUACAUUGCGUCAAGGCUGGCUGCAUUUGUGGCGAAGGAAGAGGAAGAGUUCAAACCAGCAGAGGGCAAGCACCGCGAGCUGGGGUUCACAUUCUCGUUCCCAUGCGACCACACGGCUAUCAACGCCGGGAGGCUUAUCAAGUGGACCAAGGGGUUCAAGAUCCCUGAAACUGAAGGAAGGGAUGUGGUUCAGGUUUUAGAGGAGGCCCUUGAACGGCAGAAUCUUGACAUGAAAGUCUCGGCUCUGGUGAACGAUGCAGUGGGCACACUGGCAGGAGCGCGGUUCGUGGAGUCCGAUGUAAUGCUGGGGGUCAUCCUUGGCACGGGGUCCAAUGCAUGCUACGAGGAGAUUCACGACAUGAGCGUCAGGCAGACUGGCCCUCCUCCAGCUUCUGGUCGAAUGGUGAUCAACAUGGAGUGGGGCAACUUCUGGUCCGGCCAUCUGCCUGUCACGGAGUACGAUGACCUGCUAGACUCCAAGAGCGCCAACUGCGGCCAGCAGCGCUAUGAGAAGAUGAUAUCGGGCAUGUAUGUGGGGGAGGUGGUGCGUCUGGCCCUGCUGGACAUUGCUCAGAAGUCGAAGCUAUUUGGCGAUGCUGUCCCCGCCAAGCUGCUCCAAACCAACUCCCUUGAGACGCCCAAAGUAGCAAUCAUUCACGAAGACACCUCGUCAGACCUCUCAAAAGUCGGAUCUGUGCUCACAGAGGCUCUUGAGCUUCCCAACACCUCACUGGCCCAGCGCCAGGCGGUGCAGGAGGUGAGCCGCAUUUUCGGGGAGAGAGGCGCUCGCCUGGUGGCUGCUGGCAUUGUGGGUGUGCUGCAGAAGCUGGGACGCGAUGGGAAGGCCCAGCCAAGCACAGGAGAAGCAGCAGCUAUUGAUGGGGAAGCGGCAGGAGGAGAAGCAGGAGCAGAGGCAGGGGCAGGUCUGGGGCAUGUGCCGAGGACAGUGGUGGCCGUGGACGGGGGCAUGUACGAGCAUUACACUCCGUUCCGUGAGGGCAUUCACGAGACACUCAAGGAGCUGCUUGGGGAAGAGGUGGCUGGUUUUGUGAGCAUGAAACUGUCUAAAGAUGGAUCGGGGAUCGGUGCUGCUCUGCUGGCUGCCUCGCAUUCGGCUUACAAGGAGUAA